AGUAGCUCCAGCUACGUUGAGUUGAUAUUCUUCGUCUCAGUGCGAAGCGUGUGUGGUGUCUCUCAUUUCUUCUUUCAUUUUUUUUGUUUCGUUUCAUUGCCUCGUUUGGCACAUUAAAUUCUCGGCAUUCAAUAAAAUACAAUAAAUUUGCAGUGUGUAAAAUAGUUGGGUGAAAUAUUUCGUGUGUGCGCCAUCAGCAAAAAAGAAAACCAUUCUUAAUGAUGUCCCGUAGGAUAAAAAAAAGACAACCAAUUGAAAUAUCAUACGAAAAUUAAGUUCAGCUUGUGUCAAAAAAUAUAUUGAAUGAAAAAAAAGAGAAUAUAAACAAAAAAAUGGCUGAGCAUCGAUAAUGACAAUGUAGUGAAAGAGACAUACACAACAUCAAUAUACAACAUAGCAAAACCAACAUAUUAUACACAUCUCUUUCUCUCCCAUCAUCACAUCACCAUCAUCAUAUGUACUACAUCUGUAGUUUAUGCACACAUUUUUUUCGUUCAAACUAACGAUAAAAAAAAUUUCUUCUUUCUUUUCUUUUAUUUCGUUUUUUUUUUCUCUUCUACAUAUCCAUUGUUUUCUUUUAUUGCACUUCGUCAAACAAACGACGUUUGCAUUGGAUUUGUAUUUUAUUUCGUUCGUUCGUUCACUGUACACACUCACACUGAAUAUUUGAGGUUAUUUUAUUGGUUUUCUUGCAUUUACUGAGCACAUUCGUAAUAUUGGUGUUAACGUAAAAAAAGUGUUUACAACGUGUUUGCUAAAAAUCAGCGCCGUUCGACAUUGGACCAGUCACAAAACGAAUAAACAUCGUAACCAAUCAAUGGAUACAUUAACAUCGGCUCAAGUACAAAUGCCAACCGAACAGCUUAAAUUAAUGGACGACAAACAUGAUGAUGGGCAGCACAUUUUUGAAGUGGACGAAAAUCAGGAAAACAAUGGAUUGAAAAGGCAACGUCUCAGCGAUAAUAAUACCAAUUCAAUACAAAUGUCAACAAUUGUUCGUACCAAGGCAUGUGCCAACGACCAAACGUAUGAAAAUCAUUUGAAAACAAUGCGAUGUCUAUCGACUGCAACCGAUUCACCACCACCUACAAAUGGCAUAACGACGACGACAACGACCACGGCGACGUCGAUUCAAUUGAAGGGCGCACAUAAUACAAAACAUUCAAAUGAUGUAAUAAAAUCGAAUGGUUUUAACAAUCAUAUUGAAAAUAAUAGUAACAAUCGUGAAAAUGGUUUAUCGAUACCAUCCGACGGUUGUGAUAUUCUUGCGAAUUUGUGCGACGGCCAAAACGAAGGUUAUUUCGAUGCAAUGAUAACAAGCGAUUUAAGCGAUGCUGACAUGAAAUUAGCCAUGCAAAAAGAGAAAUGCACCGAAAACCAGAUUUUUUCAAAUGGUAACGAUCAAAACGGCAACGAUCACGUUAUCAACAAGGGUCAUCGUCGCACACGUGCUCGUAGCUCCGAUUCAAUUCAGGCGGAAUUCUAUCAAGCACGAAAACAACAAAUGCGACUUCAAUCGCACAUUGAUUCGGAUCUGUACACAAAUGGUAGCGAUGAUAGUCAGUCACAUUGUAACGCAACAGCGUACACGACGCACGUUAGUACGACACGUGGAAAAAGUUUGUCACCGCCAAAGGUUGGAGCGAGCAAAAAACAAACAAUUCAUUCGAAUGCUUAUUUGAAUCGUGCAGCAAAUCAACGUCACAUUGUCAGGCCAUUUAGUAUUUUAAGGAAACAAAAACUCAUUUCGAAAGCCAAACAACAAGCAGCCCGUUUAUCACCAUCAACACCAAGUCCAACUGCCAUGGGUAAAUCAAUUGCAAAAAUUGAAUCACCGCCGCCAAAGCCAAACGACAACGAAAAACCAAAUGAAACGGAGGACAAAGUCAAUUCAAGCGAAUCAGAAUACAGCAGUUUAGAAGACGAUGACGAUGUUCAAGAACCAACAGAUAGUGAUGAAAAUGAUUUGACUGAUACUGAAGAGUAUGUUGUGGACAAUAAGGCCAUUUAUAAUUCGUUCAACGAUGGCACCGAAAUGUAUUCAAUGUUGGCCGAUAGUGUUCAAGGUCGUUCACCUAAAAUGAGUCCAUUGACACCAUCGUUAUUUGCACACGUUCCACCAUACAUAACAUUUGCGUCGCACGAAGAAAAAGGAUCAAUGAUGCCAGCUGCCAUAAAAAAAUCGCUCAAAUGGAAACUGACCACAAUAACACCAAUAGUUAUUAGGAAAAUUCUUCUCAACUCAGGCUUUAGACUGUUAAAACAAACAAAUGAUUGGAUGGGAACAUGGGGCAAACAUAUGAAGAGUCCAUGCUUCCGUACAUUAAAAACAUACCAGAAAAUCAACCACAUACCAGGAACAUUUCAAAUUGGUCGAAAAGAUAAAAUAUGGCGAAAUUUACAAUCGCAAAUGUUACGCAAUGGGCGAAAAGAGUUCAAUUUUAUGCCACUCACUUAUAUUUUACCUCAGGACAUAAAAAAAUUGAAACGCCUAUGGCAAAAAUUCGAUCAACGCAAUACAAAAUGGAUCAUUAAACCGCCGGCAUCAGCUCGUGGUACUGGUAUCAAAGUAGUUAGCCGAUGGAAUCAAAUCCCAAAGCGAAAACCAAUUAUCGUACAAAAGUACAUUGAUCGUCCGUUGCUAAUAAACGGCAGCAAAUUUGAUUUAAGAUUAUACGUACUGGUGACAUCAUUGAAUCCAUUACGAGCCUACAUGCAUACAGAUGGUUUAGCCCGUUUUGCCUCCGUGAAAUACUCCAAUGACAUUGACACUCUUGGCGAUAGAUACAUGCAUUUGACCAACUACAGCAUUAAUAAAUUGUCAUCAAAUUAUGCUAAGAAUGAGGAUGCUGAAUCGUGUAGCGGUCAUAAAUGGACAUUGAAAACAUUAUGGAAAUAUUUUUCGGCGCAAGGAAUAAACACCGACGGAUUGUGGGCAGCGCUACGAAAUUUAGUGUUACGUACAAUUUUAAGUGGUGAACAUGUGAUUAAUCAAAUGUCCAAAGCAAAUGUCGGCAGUCGAUACAAUACAUUUGAAUUGUUUGGCAUUGAUGUGAUUUUAGAUUCGGAAUUAAAACCAUGGUUGCUUGAAGUGAAUAUAUCACCAUCGUUGCAUUCAUCGUCACCACUAGAUCUGCAUGUCAAGGGACCACUUGUGACAGCUCUACUGAAUACGGUACGAUUCAAUGUGCCGCCACGUUUCAAUCAUUCACAACAAGCCGAAUUGAUGGCUGAACUCGGACUGCAAGGACAUAAUUUAUGCUAUGAUCGUCGUUUGCAUGUAGUUAAUUUAUCGAAAACCGAACGCUUUAAACACAAUCAAUAUACAAGCAAAGCAAUUGCAAAUCGUGAACAAUAUUUGGAACCAAUUCUAGAGAAUUUGACACCCGAUGAUAUUCGUUGUUUGAUUGCCAGUGAAGAUGAGCUGGCUCGAUGUGCACCACUAGAACGUGUAUGUCCAACACCAAAUUCACAUAGAUACAUUAAAUUCACCGAAAAACCACGAUACUAUAAUCGUUUAUUGGAUGCAUGGGAACAUCGAUAUUCGAAUAAACGCGAUGAAGGCAUUGAAUUACUUCGAAAAUUCUGCGAAAAUCGUAUACAUUUAAUCAUACCGAUUCCAUGUUCAAAACUUAAUGCCAAAAAGAAUGUCGAAUUUGUGGAAAAUUCGGAAAAUGAAAUUGAUGAAGUGUUUGAUGCAUCUAUGAAGGCAACCGCACAAAAGCGCACCGAUCAUGUCGACACCGACACCAUUGAAUCAACCACGGCCAAAAUUAUUGACGAAUGCAAAAGCCCGCUUCCAAUGCCAGACGAUCAAAUCAAUGAAUCGGUGAUUGAUCAACAUGCUGAUAUAUUAGUCUCAUCAAAAGCCUGAUUUAGUUUACAAUACUCAAACUAUAAAAUCGUGCAUGAAAAUCUAUAAACAAUACAUUAUCAUUUCUUUGAGCCAAAUUGAAUGAAAAUUAAAACGAAAAAAAACAAACAAACCAAUUUACCAUUCAUUUAAGACAUAUAAUUCAUUGAGACUCUACGUAUAUGCAUAAGUACAUAUUGUAAAAAUAACAAAAAGCAAACAAACAAAAUAAAUGAAAA